AUGAGAGUGCCACAGCUCAUCUUCAUCCCUGCUCUUGCUGGGCUGUCGACUGCCACAAGCUAUGCUCUCAAUGGCUCCGACGAUGCGUGCGCUGCCAUCGCAGAACAAUUUCCUUCCGACGUCGCUUACUCCAACACGACAUCUUACAUCCUAGCCAAUAAUUACUGGUCCCAUCGCCAAGCAGAAGUUUAUCCUGAUUGCUUCGUCUCUCCCCGAACCACGAAAGAUGUCUCAAAGAUGAUGAAGAUUCUCACUUCUCUGGAUGCGCCCUUCUCCGUCAAGAGCGGCGGCCAUACUGCCUUCGCAGGUGGCUCUAAUGUCGCCGGUGGUGUCACAAUCGAUCUUCAGCAUCUCAACAACAUCACCGUUUCUAAAGACCGCGAAACUGUUUCUAUCGGACCUGGAAACCGAUGGAUCAACGUCUCUGAGGCUCUUGAUCCGCUCAAACUCGCUGUAGUAGGCGGGCGUGUGGCGAAUGUCGGUGUAGGCGGACUCAUUCUCGGUGGUGGUAUUUCGUACUUUUCAGGCUCCAAAGGCUGGGCUUGCGAUAACGUGCGCAACUAUGAAGUUGUUAUCGCAUCCGGUGAUAUCGUCAACGCAUCGCCAGAUACCAACACCGAUCUUUACUGGGCACUACGAGGCGGUGGUGGUUCCAACUUUGGCAUCGUGACACGCUUUGACUUGGCUUCCUUUGAACAGGGCGAUUUGUGGUCAACUUCACUCAUUCACCCAGGCGCUCUCAACACGACAAUCAUACCACAUUUCCAGAACUUGACUGAGAAUGGUCUGCCAGAAGAUCAAAAUGCGCACAGCUUUUUCGUCCUGACCUAUCAGCCGCUCUUUGAAGGAUAUAUUGCGCUCACAAGUCUUUAUCACUCCACGAUUCCCUCGCCAGCGAAAAGUAUACCUCCAGUCUUCUCCUCGCUCACGGAUAUUCCUGGGGCUGUCUCGAAUGAGACGGUUGUAGCCAACAUCUCUACGCACUCCAAACUUAUCGACGUUCCCUACGGUUCGCGACAGACUUGGUGGGAUAUCACAGUAUCGGCCAAAUCCGCAUCAUUCUUCACAGAUCUUGUACCUCUUUUUGAGGCCCGCAAUGCUAAGCUCCUUGAGGCCGCCAACGGAAGCAGCGUCGUUCCUUUCUUGGUUUUCCAACCUUUGUCGGUUAACAUUCUCCAAGCAAUGCAAAAGAAUGGUGGCAACACGUUUGGUCUUGGCCCAAAGGAGGGACCCUUGAUGAUUGUACAGAUUUCUACGACUUGGGAGGAUCCUCAACUGGACAAGCUGGUGGAGGAUAGUUCACAGGAGUUCAUCAGCACAGUUGAAACCAUGGCAGCGGACCGUGGUCUGAACAAUGGGUUUGUCUACAUGAAUUACGCAGGAAGCAAACAGCAGGUGCAAAAGCACUACAGCGAGGAGAGUCAACAGAGGCUGAAGAAGGUGGUUGAUGAGUGGGAUCCUGAAGGGAAGCUAGCACGUCUGUGGAGAGGCUACUUCAAAGUCUAG